AUGGUGCAACGCGAAGCAAUAGAUGCGGAUAUGACAGAUAAACCGUUUGCCAACGGCCAAGCCACGGCUGCUACAAACCUUGGAGCAGAUGGUGGCAGCCGGCGCCUCACAGACGAAGAGUUUGAGAGAUACUCUCGUCAGAUGAUCGUUCCUGGAAUGGGGAAAGAAGGUCAACUCCGCCUGAUCAACUCACGGGUCCUCAUAAUAGGAGCUGGUGGCCUUGGCUGCCCGGCUGCUCAGUAUAUCGCCGGGGCAGGGAUAGGGAUCAUCGGUAUUGUCGACGGCGAUGUAGUCGAGGCCUCCAAUCUUCACCGUCAAGUCGGCCAUAGCACCUCCCGUAUCGGAGUGAAGAAAGUCAACAGCCUAAUAACGCACCUCGAGGACCUGAAUCCACUCCCUACUUACGUCCCUUACCCCUUCCAACUCACCCCCCAGAACGCUGCGGACAUCAUCUCACAAUACGACCUUGUCAUGGACUGUACCGACAAUCCCAUAACACGGUAUUUAAUAUCCGAUAUUUGCGUGCUUCUCAGAAAGCCUCUCGUCUCCGCCGCGGCGGUCCAGAAGUCGGGUCAGCUCACGGUGCUGAACUGCCCCCCGACACCACAGGGCCGAGUUGACGGCAAGUACGCUCCCUGUUACAGGUGUUGUUUCCGAAAGCCGCCACCACCAAGCUCCAUGGUAUCCUGCGGCGAAGCCGGCAUCAUGGGUCCGGUGGUUGGGAUGAUGGGCGUGGCACAAGCCGGCGAAGCCAUCAAGAUCCUCGCUUCCGCACUGCAUAUCCCGUCCCCGACCACCGACAGCACGCCAGAGCGAAACCUGCAGCAACCGACCUUGCUCAUCUACACGUACGACCUCGACAGCGCAGUCGGCCCGUAUUCCUUCCGCGCGCUCAAGAUGGGCGGGCGCAAGAGGAACUGUUUCGCGUGCGGCGAGAACUCGACGCUGACGCUGGAGGGCAUCAAGGCCGGGGUCCCCGACUACGUGCAGUUCUGCAGCGUGCCGACGUCCAAGGUCGAUCUCCCGCCGGAAGAGCGCAUCACUGCUGCCGCGUACCACACGGCCAAGCAGAGCGGCGAGCUGCCGGAGCAUAUCCUCAUCGACACGCGAGAAAAGGAGCACUUCUCGUUUGGGAGCAUCGAGGGGGCGGUGAAUACCCCCUUUUCUAAACUGUUGAUGAAAGCGGCUGCUAUCAAGCGGGACGGAAGUCCUGCGAGUGAGAUCCUACCGGCAGACGCGAAAGACUCGGAUGCACCGAUCUUCGUGGUCUGCCGGACGGGGUUGGAUUCACAAGAGACGGUGGAGAAGCUGAAAGAACUUGGGCUGGACAACGGUGGCGAGAGGAGGAUUGUGGAUAUCAUGGGGGGCAUGAAGGCUUGGAAGGAGGAGGUUGAUCCUACGUUUCCGUAUAUAUGA